AUGAUGACCGGUAAGGAAGCAAGAAUCACAUUUCUUAUAGUUUUGGAUACAUUUUUCUUCCUUUUGGAAGCUAUUGUAGGCUAUAGUGUUCACUCACUUGCAUUAGUUGCUGAUUCAUUUCAUAUGCUAAAUGACAUUAUUUCGUUGGUAAUUGCAUUAUGGGCUGUUAGAUAUAAGAACACUAAACCUGCUGAUGGUAAGUAUACUUAUGGAUGGCAAAGAGCUGAGAUUUUAGGAGCACUUAUUAAUGCUGUUUUCCUUUUGGCGUUAUGUUUUACAAUUGUUCUUGAAGCAAUACAAAGAUUUUUCGAACCACAAGAAAUUACACAGCCUAAGUUGAUAUUGAUUGUUGGUAUUUGUGGCUUACUUAGUAACGGUGUUGGUUUAGUAUUAUUCCAUGAGCAUGGUCAUUCUCACUCUCAUGGUGGUUCAGAAGGUAACCACGGACAUUCCCAUGGCGACAUUGAAGCUGGUGAAUCCGAUGUUGCUAAUGAAAGUCAUGAUCACAGUGAAUCAAACUCUGACUUAAUGGAAUUUAUGCCAAAUAAUGUUGUUGGUCGCUACAAUGAGAAUAGCCCAUUGAUUAAAAAUGAUAAUGCAGGGAAGAACAAUGUUAAAAGAAAGUCCAUGAAUAUGGAAGGUGUCUUUUUACAUGUCUUGGGUGAUGCUUUAGGAAAUGUUGGGGUCAUUGCCACAGCGUUAUUUAUUUGGAAGACUGAUUAUUCUUGGAGAUUUUAUUUUGACCCAGUUAUUUCUUUGCUUAUAACAGUUAUUAUUUUUACUUCUGCAUUAUCAUUAUGUCGUAAAUCAUCCAAGAUUCUUUUGCAAGCAACUCCAGCACAUGUUAAUUCAAAUUUGAUUUUAAACGAGAUCAUUAAGUUAGAAUCAGUCAAAUCUGUCCACGAUUUUCAUAUUUGGAAUUUGAAUGAGGAUAUUUUAAUCGCUUCAUUGCAUGUUGAAUUGAACCAUGGACCAGAAGUGAACAAUACUUCAAACGAUACUAUAGAUCAAAUUGAUAGAGUUACAUUUGUCAACGCUGUCACGCAAGUGAGAGAAAUUUUACAUCGCUUUGGAAUUCAUAGUGCUACGAUCCAACCGGAAUUUUCAAAUGGCUCUAAAAAAUUGAAAAAGAAAGCAAGUGCUUAUGGUCAGACCAACAUAGAGAAUUGUAUUGUUGAUGGUGCUUCAGGGUGUGACAAUGAUCAAUGUUUAAAAUGA